GUCAAUUCCCGGGGAGGGGAUGGUAACGAAGGCUGGUCAUUGGAGAUGGGAACCGAGGGGCUUCGUUUGUUCUUCACCCGAUGACCUUGUCGUUAGAAGGGAUGGGGAUGUUCUUUUACCCAAUGCCCGCCCAUCGUACUGUCACCAUCGAUGUUUGUAAGGUACCUAAGGUAGCCUAUCUCAUUGAGACUACAAUCAGGCACAGCCUCUUCAACCGUCAAGAUGACCACUCAAGACAAUAUCGCCAGUUCCGAGACGGGAAACGCUACGGAGGUCGAGAUCGAAGACGCAAAGGCUGUCCUGCCUGAAGCAGUCGUCACCCACUAUGCUCCGGCCAACCAAGAGGAGAGAGAGCUGGACAAGAAGGUGAACCGGAAGUUGGAUGUGACUGUCCUCCUGAUCCUAGCUAUUAGUUUCAUUCUCUGCGGCAUCGACAAGACCAACGUCGGCUUUGUAGCAACGAGCAGCUUCAUCCAAGACGCCAACCUCCACCCAGACGACAUUCCCAACUCCCUCUCCUUAUUCUCGGCAACGUACGUCCCGCUCCAACCGCUCGCCGCGCUCCUCGCGCGCCGCCUCGGGCCGCACCUCUACCUCCCCGGCCAGCUGAUCGCCUGGGGCGCGCUGUGCAUGGCGCACGCGGGCAUCCGGUCGCCCGCCACGCUCGUCGCGCUGCGCCUGCUCCUCGGCGCGGCCGAGGCCGGCUUCACGCAGACGGCCUUCUACUACAUGUCGCUGAUGUACCCCAAGUUCUCGCUGGGCUUCCGCAUGGGGCUUUUUACGGGUAUGUAUGCCGUGGCGGGGGCGUUCGCGGGGUUGAUCGCGUACGGGUUGUUGAAGGUGGAGGGUGGGGGGGUGCUGAGGGGGUGGCAGGUGGUGUUUUUGGUGGAGGGGGGCGUGACGGUGUUGGUUGGGGUGCUGGCGUUUGCGGUGUUGCCGAGGGAGGUGGGGACCGCGUGGUUCUUGCGGGGGAGGGAGAGGGAGCAUGCGGCGGGGAGGAUGGAGAGGGAUUUGGCGGGGAUGCAGGAGGUGGUGGAGUUUGGGGAGAGGGAGAAUGGGGUGGCGAUGAGGGAUUUGCUGGACGUGGUGAGGGAUUGGAGGAAGAUGCUGAUUAUUGUGUUUAAUAUCACGGCUGUUUUGCCCGUCACAGCCUUCACCACAUUCCUCCCGCUCAUCAUCCAAGGCAUGGACUACGAGGGCGUGACAGCAACGCUGAUGUCCGUCCCCCCGUUCGUUGUCGGCGUCGUCGGUCUGCUCAUCCUCGUCUACUCGUCGGAUCACUUCCACGAACGCUCGCUGCACACUGUCUUCGGUAUGCUCUUGGGAUUGAUCGGAUGCGCCGUCAUGGUUGCGUCAUCCGACCCCAAACUCCGUUACGGGUUUGCUCACGUGUGCCUGACUGGCGUGUUUGCGAGCGGCCCACUCGUCGCCGUGUGGCUAGCGGGAAACACACCAUGGAAGGCCGCCCGGUCCUUCGUGCUCGGCUUGAAUGGAUACUCCAACUUGGCCGGUGUCAUCGCCGGACAGCUGUUCAAGAGCGCGUAUGCCCCGACCUACGCCUAUCCAUUGACGGUCACCAUGAUCUUGAGUGCCGUUGGUAUGCUCGGGUUCCUGUUUGUGCGAGGUGCGUACAUGUGGGAGAAUAGGAAGAGGAAGAAGACCACGGCCAACUGGACGGAGGACGACUUUAUCAAUGAGCAGAGCAGUACGGAGCGGAGAGGUGAUCAGCGGUACACAUGGAUCUACGGGUAUUGA